AUGAACAAUAAUAUUGUAGAAGAUGAUGAUGAUUUACUUAUUAGUGGGGCUAGGAACAAUAAAAAAGGUUAAAUCAAUUUAGAUAUAUCAAAUUAUUCAUGUAAUAUGUAAGAAAUAUCUAAUACUUAAUAAGACCUGAUAUUACACCAUCAUUCGAUCUAAAUAAUUUUAAAAAGUUCAUCCUGAAUGAAAAUUUGAACAUUAAUGAUUUAUAGGAACUAAUUUUAAAUUUUCAUUUAAGUUCAAUGAAAUUGAGAUUUAGCAUAUGGAGAUUGUUUUUAGGGAUUUUUAAUAUAAAUGAUUCAAUAGAAUAGAAAAUCAACAAGCUCAAUCAAAAUAGAUCAGAUUAUUAAAAUUUAAGCAAGUAAUAUUUAUAAGCUGAAACAAAGAAAGAAUCCAAAAGAAAUAUCAGAAAUCCUUUGUUAUAAAAUUAAUAAGAAUAGCAAAAACCAAAUGUAAAUAAAUCUUAUAAUAAAAGGUUUGGAAUAACUUUUUUGAGAUUAAUCACUUAAAAAGUGAGAUAAAAAAAGAUGUUGAUAGGACUCAUUAAGAUAAGUAGUUAUUUUAAAGUUUAAAGAUAAAAAAUUUAUUGUCAAACAUAUUAUUUAUUUGGAGUGUAAAGAACCCUACAAUUUCUUAUCGAUAAGGUAUGAAUGAAUUGGCAGCUAAUGUGAUUGAAGUUUAUUUUACAGAAGCUUAAGGAUUCAAUCAUUUGGAAGAAAGCGAGGAUAAGAAAUAAAUUGCAAUUUUUUAUGAUACAAAAUUUGCAGAGGAAGACAUCUUUUAAUUGUUUGAAUAGAUAAUGAAUGCUCAUGUUGAUAUGUUUAAACAUACUCCAGAAAGUCAGAAAAAACAACAACUUAUAAUAUAAAGUAGAAUAUAAAAAAUAUAUGAUUAAUAUUUGAAAACAAUAGAUGUGACGUUAUUCAAACAUUUAAAAGUUUAGGAUGUUGAACUUUCUGUAUUUUUAGUUAGAUGGAUUAGGUAUUAAUAAAUAUUAUUGAUUUAGAUGCAUGUUUACAAGAGAAUUUCAUGUUGAAGAUUCUUUAAAAGUUUGGGAUGCCAUUUUUUAUGAUUAUUACCUUACUGAAGAGAAAGCAUGGUUUAUAUUGGUUGAUUGUAUUGUUAUUGCGAUGUUUGUUUAUGUUCGAGAUUAAAGUAGUGGAUUGCUGUUAAUUUCUAGUUCUUGAAAAGGAUGAUCCGAAUGCUUGUUUAAAAAGAUUUCUAAAAUAUCCUCCAGUUGAAAAUUUAGCAUAAUUGAUUUAAGCAGCUUUUAGCAUAAAAGGUGUUUUACAAUCUGCUAAUCCUGAGCAAGCCUUGCUUUAGGAUUAAUUUUUGAUUACAUUUCUUGGAAGUAGAGAUGUCAGUUAGUCUCCAAAAAUAUUUUAAAAUGUUAAGAAUCAAGAAAUCCCUGAAGAAAACAAUAAGUAAAUAUCAUUAUAAAUUAGAUUGUUAGAAGCCACUAAUUUAAAAUAGCCAGAAAUAAUUGAAGUUUAGAUUAAUUAAGCAUAAAUAAUACUUAAAGCAUUAAAUUAAGGAAUUAUGUGCAUUUAGAGAUUUAAUACUGAUAAAUCGGUAAAUGAAGUUAAAUAACUACUUGAAAAUGCGAAAUCAGAAUUAGUAAAAUGUUUAGAUAAAUAAUAAAUUUGA